GGACGUGACGUCAGUGUCGGAAACGCUGUCAACGAGAAUAACGCACGUGUGCUGCAGCGCUGUAGAAAGAACCGGAGGGGACCAGGUCCGUCUGUAGGGAGGCCUCAGAAACCAGGAGAUACGGUCUCAAACCUGAGGGUUUUACUCAGGUUUUACUGGAUAACGGACUAGCUAAGCAGCAGGGCCGCUUCAAGUCGCUCAGGAGGACGGGGAACUGGACGAGAGAGAAAGUUCUCGGUGUCUCUCCGGGGCCUGUGUCUCUGUGUGUGUAUCGCUCUGUGUGUUUUCCCUCGUUGCCUUAGCAGCUUUGUCAGGUCGGUCUCCUGUUAAAGACUGCCGGACUGGUUGCGGUCUCUCUGGCGUCAUGGCGGACUACCUGAUCAGCGGGCAGACAGGUUACGUACCUGAGGACGGACUAACGGGACAGCAGCUGUUCAACGGCGGAGACGGGCUCACCUACAAUGACGUCCUGAUUCUCCCGGGGUACAUCGACUUCACAUCAGACCAAGUGGAUCUGACUUCAGCGCUCACCAAACAAAUCACCAUGAAAACUCCAUUCGUCUCCUCUCCCAUGGACACGGUCUCAGAGGCCAACAUGGCCAUCGCCAUGGCUCUCACAGGUGGAAUCGGCUUCAUCCACCACAACUGUACACCCGAGUUUCAGGCUAAUGAAGUCCGUAAAGUCAAGCGGUAUGAGCAGGGCUUCAUCACUGACCCCGUGGUGAUGAGUCCCAACCAUUGUGUGCGGGACGUCUUCCAGGCCAAGGCUCGCCACGGCUUCUGUGGUAUCCCCAUCACAGAUAACGGAAAAAUGGGGGGCAAGUUGGUGGGCAUCAUCUCAUCCAGAGACAUUGACUUCCUAAAGGAGGAGGACAACAACCUGCCACUGAGUGAGGUGAUGACAAAGCUAGAGGAUCUAGUGGUCGCUCCUGCUGGGGUCACACUGAAAGAAGCCAAUGAGAUCCUCCAGAGGAGUAAGAAAGGCAAACUGCCCAUUGUAAACGAAGAAGGCUCCCUGGUGUCCAUCAUCGCCCGCACAGACCUGAAGAAGAACAGAGACUUCCCUCUGGCCGCUAAAGACUCUCGUAAACAGCUCCUGUGUGGCGCAGCCAUCGGCACCCACAACGACGACAAGUACCGCCUGGACCUGCUGGUACAGAGCGGUGUGGAUGUGGUCGUGUUGGACUCUUCUCAGGGCAACUCCAUCUUCCAGAUCAACAUGAUCAAAUAUAUCAAAGAAAAGUAUCCACAGCUGCAGGUCAUCGGAGGCAACGUGGUGACUGCAGCUCAGGCGAAGAACCUGAUAGACGCAGGAGCAGACGCGCUGAGGGUUGGAAUGGGCAGUGGCUCCAUCUGCAUCACACAGGAAGUUCUGGCGUGCGGCAGACCGCAGGCCACAGCCGUCUACAAGGUGUCAGAGUACGCCAGACGUUUCGGAGUACCGGUCAUCGCUGAUGGAGGAAUCCAGACAGUCGGGCACAUCACCAAAGCACUGGCACUGGGAGCGUCCACAGUGAUGAUGGGCUCUCUACUGGCCGCCACAAGUGAAGCGCCGGGUGAAUAUUUCUUCUCUGACGGCAUCAGGCUGAAGAAAUAUCGUGGCAUGGGCUCACUGGAUGCUAUGGACAAAAACCUGGGCUCCCAGACCAGAUACUUCAGUGAGAGUGACAAGAUCAAAGUAGCUCAGGGCGUUUCUGGAGCGGUGCAGGACAAAGGCUCCAUCCAUAAGUUCGUUCCCUACCUGCUGGCCGGUACUCAACACUCCUGUCAGGACAUCGGAGCCAAGAGCCUCACGCAGCUCAGAGCCAUGAUGUACUCUGGAGAUCUGAAGUUUGAAAAGAGAACUACAUCAGCUCAAAUAGAGGGUGGAGUCCACAGCCUGCACAGCUACGAGAAGCGUCUGUUUUGAGAAGAAGCGAGCCAUUCAACCCGCAGAUGGAGAAUCCUUCUAACUUACACAUUAUGCAAACACACUUCUUGUUAGACCCUCAUGUUAGUAUUUCAAAUUACACACACACUAGCACACACAAAGACUCACUCUUUGCUCUUCCAAGGAUCCAUCAGUCUUCCUUCCAGUAUCAUCUAUGCAUCGUCCGUGUUCUUAUAACUGUGUGUGAAGAAAGGGAACUAAGCAUUUACCAAUCAGAGCACGUGUGAUUGAGUUCUCCAACGCCUUUCAUGUUGUGAUGAAAAUGUCUGAUGUGUUCAUUGUUAAGCAGAAGAGUUGUCCAAUAAAGCUGAUGUUUUUUCCAUGA